AUGUAUCUUCGCUCUUCUUUCGCUGCUCUGGCGGCUGUCAUCACAAUCUCAGCGGCUGCUGCAGGCCCCGCCCCCCUGUGUAACGCAGAAACAGCAUCUGUUCGCAAAGAAUGGAGCGCGCUCACUCCCGAUGAACAGCUGGGCUACAUCGACGCAGUCUGGUGUCUUCGCGGUCUUCCGUCUCAUAUCUCUAAUACGGAGUAUCCCGGGGUGAGAGACCGCUACGAUGACUUCGUUGCAACGCACAUCAACCUCAGCAUGACCAUCCACCGCUCCGCUUCUUUCCUCGCCUGGCACCGCCACUACCUGUUCCUCUUUGAAACCGCCCUGAAAGACGAAUGCGGCUACAAUGGCACCAUCCCCUACUGGGACUGGACGCAAAACUCCAACCUCUACUCAAACCCCAUCUUCGACACAUCCCAACCCCCAGAAAAGGGCCUUUCCCUCUCCGGCGACGGCGCCUACAACGCCUCCGCCCAGGUCACCCUUAUAGACCAAGGGGUGGUUUUCCCCGCCGGCCGCGGCGGCGGCUGCAUUCUCGACGGCCCGCUGAAGGACUGGACCGUCCACAUGGGCCCGACAUCAGUGAUUCCCGCGCUGAUGAACCCGUACGAGCCCAUUCCCCCCGAAUUCUUCGCAUACAACCCGCGGUGCCUGGAGCGGAACAUUCGCCCGUCCGUGGUGCAGUGGUUCAACAACGCGUCCGUGAUCGACCGGUUGCUCUCGGUGCCGAGCAUCGAGGAGUUCCAGGAUAUGUUGGAUCGGGCCGGCCGGCCACCGACUUGGAUGAUCGGCGCCGGGAUCCAUCCCGGUGGGCAUACUGGUCUUGGUGGGGAGAUGGCGGAUUUCUUUACGAGCCCGCAGGAUCCGGUGUUUUAUUUGCACCAUGGCAUGGUUGAUCGGGUUUGGGAUUUGUGGCAGUGUCGUGGGGAGCAGGGGGAGAGGUUGCGGGCGUUGAACGGGACGUUGGUGUUUUUGAAUCCGCCUGAGGCGGAGGAGGCGACGCUUGAUACGGUUAUUGAGUUUGGGGUGUUGGGGGGGUCGAGGAGGAUUGGGGAGCUUAUGGAUGCUAGAGGGGGUGAGUAUUGUUACCGGUAUGAGUAG